AUGAAUGAUCUGGUUGUUGAAAGUUGUGCUGUUUUAAGUUCGUUUUUUGCUACUAUCUUAGCAAAAAAUAUGGAGCGCUUACAGGACACAAUUACAAGAAAACGAAAAAAAAGACGUUUUUGGGUUAGAGAAUGGAUACAGCGAAGAAAUAUGUUAGGAGCGUCAAACUUGUUUGAAUACCUCUUAAAACGUGUUACAAAUAUUAUUUCAAAAUCUGACACUAACAUGAGACAAGCAAUUAGUGCAAAAACAAAAUUAGAGGUGACUUUACGGUAUUUAGCUACAGGUGAUUCCUUAAAAAGUUUAGAAUUUUUGUUCCGUGUUCCAAAAAACACAAUAAGUAAAUUUAUUCCAGAAACCUGUGAAGCAAUAUACAAUGAACUAGCAGAAUUCAUACAAGUCCCUGCAACAUCAGAUGAGUGGAAAAACAUUGAAUAUGGUUUUAGAACGCGAUGGAAUUUUCCUGGUUGUGUAGGGGCUCUAGAUGGUAAGCAUGUUGUCAUACGAGCUCCUCCCGGAAGUGGUUCAGAUUAUUUUAAUUAUAAAAAAAGUUAUAGUAUUGUGUUAAUGGCCUUGGUAGAUUCCGAUUAUUGUUUUUUAUAUGUUGAUGUUGGAGCGAAAGGGAGAAGAUCAGAUGCAGGAAUUUUUCAAAAUAGCUCUUUGUACAACGCUUUAGAAACAAACUCACUAGCCAUACCAAACAAUUUCGUUAUUUUGGCUGAUGAUGCAUUUCCGUUAAAAAAUUAUAUAAUGAAACCCUACAGUCGACGCAAUUUAACCCCUGCAGAAAGGAUUUACAAUUAUCGAUUGUCAAGAGCAAGACGUGUAGUGGAAAACGCCUUUGGCAUACUCGCGAGUAAAUUUAGAUUGUUUGAAAAACCAAUUUCAUUAAAAUUAGAAACGUUAGACAAAGUUGUCCUCGCAUGCUGUGCAAUUCAUAAUUGGUUGAAAAAAACAAACCCUCGGUAUGUGACGGGAGAUCUGAUUGAUUAUGAGGAUGAGAACCACAGAGUUUUUCUUGGAUCAUGGCGUCAAAAUAAUAGUGGAUUACAGAAUCUACCAGCAACUAACCACAAACAUUCUAAUAUGGAGGCACAACAAAUACGGAAUAAAUAUCGUGAUUAUUUUAAUAACGAAGGAGCUGUUCCCUGGCAAAACCAUAUAACUGAUGUGUCAAAUGAACUGUAA